CAUGGAAGAAAUGCUGACUUAUUUAGCAGUGAAUAGUUUACAGCCGGCUUGUUAGACUGGCAAGAUUAGUUAGCAUAAUUUCCCUAAACAAUGCCAUAGGUUGCGUUACUAUGCGAUACCAGCCUGGGAUGAGCUACGCAUGAAUUGCAACGCCAAUAAACCUUACAUUUUAUGCGAAACUACGACGAAUUGUACUGUAAGCUUUCACAGAUCUCAUCUUGUCUUCUUGUCCGUCCAUGAAAUGGUGCUGAUGGUGGUGUUGAUGAUAAAUGAGUGAGGAGAAAGUCCCUGUGGUCCUCUUCCUGCACUGCACACUUCCUCAUGGAUUCCAGCAAUGAUGAGGCACUUGAUAUCAUUAUCACCAAUGUGGUGGCAACAUUCAGGACCAGGUGUCACCUCAACCUGCGCACCAUUGCUUUAGAGGGAACCAAUGUGAUCUAUAAGCCGGAAGUAGGGAAAGUCCUGAUGAAGCUUCGCAAGCCCAAGAUAACAGCCUCAAUCUGGUCCUCAGGCAAAAUUAUCUGCACUGGAGCAACAAGUGAGGAUGAGGCCAAGCUGGGUGCUCGCAGGUUAGCACGCUGUCUCCAGAAACUGGGCUUCAAGGUGAGGUUUUCAGCCUUCAGAGUUGUGAACGUGCUGGCAGUGUGCUCCAUGCCUUUUGCAGUCCACCUUGUAGACUUUACUAAGAACAACCGACCCAUUGCCAGUUAUGAACCCGAGCUCCAUCCUGCUGCCACAUACAGGAUCAAACAUCUCAAGGCUACUAUACAGGUGUUCUCUACUGGGAGCAUCACAGUUACAGGACCAAACGUGCAGAAUGUGGCCACAGCUGUUGAGGAGGUCUACCCACUGCUGUUUGAGUGUCAGAAACCCCUCUAAGUCACGUUAAGUUUCUUUGUUGCAAGUGAGGAAGCACCUUAUCCUUGGAUUAAUAUGCUUGAUUUCAUCAUUAUGUGGCAAUGGCCACAAACAUCUAACAAAACCCAACAGUCUUGAGGUCACUUGGAUUUUUAAAUAUUCUCAACAACCCUAGUCUGAGUUUUAGAACUUCCUUCUCGAGAAAUAUCAUUGUUAUUGUGGACUGUGUGGCGCUUGUGAUUUUAACAGCUUAAACUUACAAGUAUGUCUUUGAAACGUCAGCAGAAACCGCUCCUCCAAACCCAACUGACAGUGAAGGAGAUUGAAGUUAUCAUCUGGGUGUUUGCAUGGACAUUUUAAUGCUUAACGUGGUGACCACUGGAAGAAUCAUUAUAUUAACUCUGACAAGCCACAGCUUUUUAACCCCAUACAAGGCAUCCCGUUUGCCACUUUCUCCGGAAGAAUUUUCAUCCAUGACUCUGGACUGUUAUGCGUUACACAUGUACACAAAGUGAGAGCAGAUCCACAUGCAGAUACACAUACCUACUCACAAUAUGCAUUAAUCUGAUUUUUCAUUGUUGGUUUCUCACAUUUCCUUACUUUGUUUGGUUUGUCAGUUCAGUAUAAAGUUGUUCUCCUUUCUUUGUCAUUGGAACGGAAUGCACACACAGUAUGUGAUUUAAUUUCUUGUCAAGUGUGUUUAAUAGUAAUGGAAUGAAAACUUUGAAAGGAUUCAGGUAUAUUUUAUUUUUCAUGUACUAUUGAGCCAUAAACCCCUCAUUCACUGUAGAGUAUAGUAGUACCGAGACAAGGCAAGAUAUUCAAAAUAAGCUUUUUAAGUUAUUAAAUGCUGUUUACAUUUGGACUUAGAAAUUGCUAUAAAGGCACAAAACAAAGUAAUAGAAACAGAAAAUAGACUGGAAUUUAUAAAACUCAAAGUUAUCAAAGUUCACCCAUCAAGAGGUUUGGCAAUACACUGAUUCGAGUUUUUGAAGCAACAACGCCAUGGACAGUGUGGGAAGUGGCCAAACUCACAGCAUCAGUCAGUACCUGAACUGUGUGGAAAAACAAACCCUUCAUAGAAUUCCAUUCUCUAAACAAGAAAACGGCAGUGUGAGGUUAAGUGUUUUUAAAAGAACUCAAACCCUAGUGAGAGGCUAUGUAUAUGUAUGUAUAUAAUGAAAGCAUCUGAUGGAAAAGAUGUUGAUGUAAAAUUUGACAUGUUGUCUCAUGUUGACUUUUUGAAACAGAGUCAACCAGUGUGUUUUGUGACACUUGUUCAGAAUUUUUGUAUUUUGUAUAAAAAUAAAGGUUAAUGUUAAGGAGA